AUGAACAAAGUCCAAGGUCUCGGCCUGCUGGAUGCGCCUCCGCACCUUGAGCAGCUGGUCAUGUCACAGGGCAAGGAGCAGGCAUCCCGCCUCGACUUGGCACAGUGCCCCCUUGAAGGCCCAGCAUUCCUCAAAGGUGGGCACCAUCCUCCAGAGGACCGCAUGCUCGAAUUCAAGCCUGGCGCCCUCCAGCGGCAGACUCACAGCAGCACCAUCCUUCCGACGUGGCUCCAUGGACGGACCCAGCAAGGGACCCCCCUGGCCCUGGGCUCCCGGGCCCAGAGCACGGCUGCAGCCAGUACUCCGGUGCUGUCGGCAGCCUCCCUGGUACCCCCCGUGACCCCCAUUCCCGGGACAGAGCUGGCCGUACCCGGGCUGGGGCCGGAGCUGGAGCUGAGCCUGUCCGAGCUGGGCCUGGCCUCCUACACACCUGUGGGUCUGAUCCAGACCUUGCUGGAGUCACUGCACGUGCACCUGGGGCUGCCCUGGUGGGGUGCCAUUGUGGCUGGCACAGUUGUGGUUCGCUGCCUGGUCUUUCCAUUAAUCGUGAAGGGGCAGCGGGAGGCUGUGAAGAUCAACAACCACAUGCCCCAGAUCACACGGCUCACGAACGUCAUGAAUGAGGCCAGGUGCUCCGGCAACCAAUUUGAAUUCAACAGGGCCUACAUGACCCUGAUGACAUACCGGAAGGACAAUAACAUUAAUCCUAUGUAUGGCUUCGUGCCGGCCUUCGUCCAGGCCCCUGUCUUCAUCUCCUUCUUCAUUGCCCUGCGGGAAAUGACUGAUCUCCCAGUUCCCAGCAUGCAAAGUGGUGGCCUGGCCUGGUUUCCGGACCUGACCAUAGCAGACCCUUUCUACAUCCUGCCUCUUGUUGCCACCGGCUCCGCGAUGACCGUGAUGCAGCUUGCCACAGAGGGCGACAUGAACAAUCCCAACCUCAAGUUGAUGACAAGAGUCUUCUCGGUGGUUCCCCUAAUUAUUCUGCCGUUCACCUUCAAGCUGUCCACGGCCGUGUUCACCUACUGGCUGACAUCAAACACGUUGUCGCUGGUGCAGGUGGGGCUGCUGCGCCUCCCAGUCGUGCGCACCUGGCUCCGCAUCCCUCAGAGAGUGGAGCACAAACCCAACCUGCUGCCCAAGAGGGAGGGCUUCUUCAAGAACCUCAAGACCGGGUGGAAGAACGCAGCCCUGGCACAGAAGAUGGAGGAGCGGGAGCAACGCAUAAAAAACCGCCUGGCACUGGCAGCCAAGGCACCCCUGCGCCAGACGUUUAGCUAUAAUCCUUUGAAGCCCCAAGAAGACCAGACUGGCAGUAACACCCCCACCAAGCAACCAGAGAGACCCUGGAGGAACCCGUUUGCCUGAACACACUCCCCAGUGCCAGCAAAGAGGAUGAGGAUGCCCCACGUGGGACACCAGAGCUGCCCCCAGCACUGGACUCAGGGGGGAGGGGGGGCAGGACUGGUGCAUUGCAAUAAAGGACCCACAAUGCCGCUGCUGGUGCCACCAA